UUCAUAGUUCAAUUGAUGUCACGUGCUUGGAUAACUAGACUAAUACUUAUAUAUCUGGUCAGUGCGGAUCAAAAAGUUGUUAGUGAAAACUCAGCAAACACACAAUUAGUAAUACAUGUAUAUUUUACUAUAAAGGCUUCUCUUUUGGAUAUUUUUGAUAAAUUAUUUUUAAAAAGAGUGCUGUCUGAUAGGUAACAAAAUGGUUACUGGAAUGACUUCAUUGAUUAUUUUUUGUACAUUGUCGGGUGUUGCCGGACACAUUGCUUUGAAAUUUCCACCAGCACGAAAAUAUGCUUUUGAUUUUAUGGAUAAUAUUAGGACUAUAGCACCAUGUGGAAUACCAAAAGGCCUUGGACCCGUAACCGAUCUACUGACAGAAGAGACGAUCAAUGUCCAGUGGCAUACACCUUAUCCACACAAGGGAGGUUACAGAAUAGCUUUGUUGGACCAUAAUGAACAAGAGGUCCAGGUGUUUACACCAACUCAAAAUGGACAACGUUAUACUGGUGCCAAUGAUCCAACAACUUUGAGUCAUCAAAUAACCUUACCGAAUACAGCAUGUCGGAAUUGUUCCCUUCAGCUGAUACGACAGGCUGGAGAAUGGUCUGCUGGGAACUGUGGAGAUUACAUCUUCUAUUCCUGUGCAGACAUCAAUAUACUACCAUCAAAUGUACCAAACAGGCGUUGUGGCAGUCAUACUAACAUGGGUAGUAUGUGCAGUUGUAAUAGGACUUACUUUGGAGAACAGUGUACUUUUAGAGAGGAUUGUUUGACCAAUGAAGACUGUCACAGCCAUGGAGUGUGUACUCGGCUGGAGACCACAUUUUAUCCCAGACAGCAGUGUUUCUGUGAUAGAGGAUGGCACGGCAGACAUUGUCAGCACAAAUCAGCUGUUGCUGGGAGGAUAACAGAUUUCUCAAGUUAUAAAAUGACAGAGCUUUCACCAGAAUUCAAUCUCUUCCAUAAAAUUCUUCCAAAUGAUGAAAUAGAAAUGGUAAUGAAAGUGAAAUCUACAACAUGGGUAGGAAUUGGAUGGAGACCCACUAGUUUUAGAUCUGGAUGUCAAUAUUUUCCACAUAUUCCUGGAGUGGAACCAAGGCCAACAACUGGACCUGGACCAACACAUGAACCCGAACCUGAGCCAUCCCAUGCACCUGAACCAGAGCCAACUACUUGUGGUGGGAGAUGGAAGAACUGUGACAGUGAUCAAUGUAACUACCAUGCUCGGUGGGAAUAUGAUGCUUCUAAAGAUGAAAUCAAAUUUACCAUGUCUGCAAUGGUUACACAAUCUAAGUGGGUGGCCAUUGGAUUCUCGGAUGACAAAGUUAUGCCUGCAACUGAUGUGUACAUGGGAUGGAUUGACAAUGGACAAGCAAUUGUAUCUGACAGAUGGGCCACAGGAAGAUUUCAUCCUUCAGUUGAUCCAACCCAAAAUGUCAAAGAUGUCCAGGGUAGUUACACCAACGGUAUGGCCACCAUCAGUUUCACAAGAAAGAGGAACACUGGUGAUAGUACAUUUGAUGUUAUGUUCAACGACACAUAUUGUCCUUACUUCCUGUUUGCCUAUGGUGGCGACGUCUCAAAGACAACAUCGGGAGGUUAUGAUGUAACCAGACAUCAAGCCAGAUAUUCUUCUAUGGAGCGUAUAUGUGUCAAAGCUUGUCCUACACCAGAACCUGAAUCUGAAAACACCCCAGAGCCAGAAUCUGAAAAUACCCCUGUACCAGAGUCUGAAAAUACACCAGUACCAGAAUCUGAAAACACUCCAGUACCAGAAUCUGAGAACAUGCCAGAACCUGAAUCUGAAAACACACCAGAACCUGAAUCUACACCUGAACCAAAUGUACCUUGUGGUAACAAAUAUGCCCAUUGUGUGAGCGGAACUUGCUAUAACUCUGUAGUGUGGAAUUAUAACAGACUGACCGAUGAGAUUACAUUUACUGUAUCAGCACAAAUGAGUUCUUCACAGUUUGGAUGGGUCGGAGUUGGAUUUACAGAUAGUCAAGCUAUGUCCGCUGCAGAUAUUUACAUGGGGUACUACAACCAAGCUGAUAGUUCAUAUGUUAUAAGAGACCGACAAGCCAAUGGUUACAGCAAACCUGCUAAAGAUUCUAUACAGAACGUUGUGGCGUUGGCUGGAAGCUAUGAUGGUACUACAGUGUCCUUCACCUUUAAAAGAAAGAGAGUUACCAAUGACACCACAGACUAUCAGUUCUCGGAUACAAAAUGUCCAUAUAUUUUGUUAGCCUCUGGGGGUGCAUAUGAUACAAGUAGAGAUGAGCCUACAAACCAACAUGAUCGUCGAUUUUUUUCUCCAACUAAAAUGUGUAUCAAUACUUGUGAUACCAGCACAAUGACAAAAGCAGGAUAUUGCCCCAGAGUAACCAAUCAGAUGGUGGGAAUAUGUGUGGAGGAGUGUUCAUCUGAUGACCAGUGUCCAAUGAACAAGAAAUGUUGUUAUAAUGGAUGUGGUCACACAUGUACAGAUGCAAGCACACAAACACCAGAACCAGAGAGAACACCUGAACCUGAAGUAGUGGCCACUGGUCAGCCAGAAGUUGAACCACCGCCUACCAGUCAACCUGAGGGAGAAGGAGAACCAACUGGUGAACCAGAAGGAGAAGGAACGCCAACUGGAGAACCUGAGGGAGAAGGAGAACCAACUGGUGAACCAGAAGUGGGAGGAUCAUGUGGAAGUCGACCAGCUGGAAACUCAGACACCACUGGAAAUAAUCCCCAUCCUAUGGACUGUGUUGACAUGGUGGUGGGAACAGCUAGAGGAAACAGAAGUAGAAUUGGUGACUUCUACGCUCAUGGUAGAUCAACACCUAUGUAUGAUUCAUUUUAUGGAGGGAAGGAGAACUUGUUAGGAGCCUAUGGAUAUGAGGAGAAUGGAUAUACAACAAUAAUCUUCAGGAAAAAAAUGACAGCAAUGGAGAGAGCAGAUUUGCCAAUUCUUGAUGAACACAUGCAUGUGAUAUGGGCACGAGGACAAGACCAGGGAGAUUUUGUACAUGUUCCAGCUACUGGUAUUGAUGGUGUUCCAGCUUCUUCUCUCAACAUUCCAAACUAUUACAGAGAUGAUGAAUAUAAAUACCAUGGCCAUAGAUCUCAUAGAGGGGUCACCAGAAUCAACUUCAGAGAAGGUGCAGCUACUCCCCCACCUAAUGGUCAGUGUGGUGGUUCCUGGGGAACAUGUUCUGAUGCUAACUGUCACAGAGUUACAUGGACGUAUGCUAAUGACAUGAUAACCUUCACCAUUACUGCAGACUUAGAUAACGACCAAUGGGUUGGCAUUGGCUUCAAUGCUAUUAGAGCAAUGAGUGGAGCAGAUGUGAUAAUUGGAUGGGUGACUGCUAAUGGACAAGUUACUUUAAGAGAUAUGAAAAAUCCCACAUCAUAUGGUCGACCUACGACUGAUGCUAGCCAAGAUAUCUCUGACAUACAAGGAUCAAGAACUGGACGCAGAACAACCUUAUCCUUCAAACGUCCAAGGGCACCAAAUGAUGCAGCUGAUUUCAGUUUCUCUGAAACCAAUUGUGGAUACCUAUUUUUCCCAAAAGGAGGCAGUUUUGGUGCUACCAGUAUGUCAAUCAGCAAGCAUGACCAGACACCUGUUAUUUCGUCAAAUAUGAUAUGUUUCCCAUGCCAAGGUGGAACCCAACCUACCCCAGCAAGCCACAUGUAUACUGUAAAGUUAAGAAUUUUAGGAGUACCAUAUAUUGGUCAAUAUGGGAAUGCCAAAUCACAGGAGUAUUUGAAUCUGAAAAGAGAAGUUGAAAAUGAGAUUAAACAGGUGUUUGCCAACAGUCCUAAAUUUCAAUCAGUUUGGAUCAUACGCUUCAUAUCAGGAAGUGUGAUAGCUGAACUUGGUAUAGAAAUGGCGGGCAAUGAAGUUGAGACUAAGUUUGAAGUAAACAGGACGUUGUCAUCAGUUUUGACAGAAGGAAGACUUGGUGGAUAUACAGUUGAUAAAGUUUAUAGUCUUGGACUUGGAAAUGCUCAACCUGUGGAAUUACCAACCCAGUCACCCACUGAAGAAGAAGAUGAGGAGAUACACAUAGCUGUAUGGUUUAUUGUGGCAAUAGCUGGUGCUACACUUCUACUUAUUGUGGUAUUUGGGAUCUGUAACUGUAUGAAACAGAAGCCAAAUCAGUCAGAGAAAUAUAAACAAUUUCCUAAUGGACAACAACCUGUACAAGGACAACAGACAGGACACGGAAACCAGAAUAGAAUGGUGGCAAGUCAACAAUAUUAUCAACCAAAAAAAGUUGUUUAUGUUGAAAAACAAGCAGUUAAACCACAGCCUUAUGAACAAUGGGUUGCUGAUAACCAACAGAAGAUGCAUUAUGAAAAUCCAGGCUAUGAACAUGCAGAAAAGGGGGAAUAUAGGAUUGAGACAUCAUUUUUGUAAACAAAACAUUGUCAAGGCAACAAAUUUUGAUUAUUCGUGUAUAAAGAUGUCUUUAAGAUCAGCAAUGCAGUUUUCAAACUUUGAAAAAACGUUUUUAUAAAGUCAUAUCCUUAUAGCAGUAUAAUACUUGGAUAUUAAACAGUCCAUGAUUUAUAAUUGCUAUCAGGGUUCAUAAAUUUUAAGUUGUGGGCAUAAAUAAUUUGUAUGUCAGUGCAUCCACAAAAUUUAAAUGGUUGUUUAGACAAUGGGGUGGAGAUUAUUGUAAAUAUUUUCAUGUUUUACCAAAUAUGCAGGCAUAUCUGGAUUCUUUCAUUUUUUACCCCCAAGAGAUUUGUAUUCAUAUCUAUAUAUUUUUAUAUUUUCCAUAUUUUUUAAGAAUGUGUUUUUUUUUGUAAUUUUAUAUCAUUGAUUGAAGUUGCAAAUAUUAUUAUGAAUAUGUUAUGCUUAAUCUUUUUUUAUAAUGAUAUACAUGUAGUACCAAAUAUUGUGUAGAUCUCUUUUUAAAAUAAAUUUUUAAUAUUUGGCGUUUUUGACACUCAUUCUGAGAAAAAUAUCUGAAAGCAAGAGUAUUUAUGAAUAGAUAUUUUAAAUAUUUCAUGCGGAUUUGUAUUAUAAAAAAGUAUCUUAAUGUUGUGAAUAUCUUAAUGCUCUGCAAUCUGUUCAGAGGUGCAUAAAUUGAUAUUGUACUUCCAUCUAAAUGACAUGAAAAUAAGCUCAGAAGAUUUGAUUCAAAUUAUUGCUUAUGAAUACAUGUAACAUCAAUUACAAUAUGAUAGUGAAUAUUGAAGAAACUUCUCACAGAUAUAUAUAAUUCACAACAUUUGAGCAAGAUUUCAUUGGAAAAAUUUGUGAAAUCCCUUAUAAUUUCCCCUGCAUUUUUAUAUUAAUUCAGAUUAAGUAUGAAUUUGGUACUACAAGGUAUAUUAUUAAAUGUUUUUUGCUCAAAUAUUGCUUAUGGUAUAUGAUAUUGCAUAGUUAUCCAAUACACUCUUCUGCUCUGACAGGAUAAAGUCUUCUCUUUUUCAGAUUUUUUUGUUUAAGGAAUAAGUAUAAAGCCAAUUUUUAAUGCCAACUACAUUCUUUAAAAAAAACCUGCACAUUUCACACAAGUUAUAAAUUUUAUUGUAUUGCAAAAAUAGAAUAUUUUAUGUUGAAUUAGAAUUUUAUAAUUUUAAAACUACUCACUGUAAUGGGAGCUAUUAAUAAAUAAUAAAGUGAGUGGAGAGCAGUAAUAACAGAGGUAUUAUAUUGCCCAAGACAGUUAUUUCAUUUCUUGACCAUGAUCUAUGCAUAUUUAAACAUUAGUAGGAUUAUAAUUGUCAAUAUUUUUAAAGCUGGUCUAGCCUAAGUGAGGUGUAGAAUAUUAACAAAUAUAAUGCCUACCAAUUUUUAAAUUAGCAUAGAAGAUUUUUUUUUAAUUUAAUCUGGAGUUUUAGAUAAGUUAUGAUUUUCUUUCUUAGCUUUUCGUUUUAAUAUCUAAUAUGUCAGCGUGUUACUGAUGUAUUUAUAAAGUAAGAGAAUUUGUUCUCUGAUUAUUUUAAUUUUAUGGUCACAUUCUCAACAAUGCCUUAUAACAUAUCAAACAAGUAUAUAUUUUGAUUAAAGUAUUACAUCUCCUGUUGUUGUAAUUGAAGUUCUUACAACUGGCAUAAGUUUUGUCACAUAUCAAAUACUUGUCAUCUUAAAUUAAAAAAGGACGUGCCAUCUUUAAAAAAGAUAUGCUUAUCAAUUAAAAGCAAGUUGGUGAAAGCCUUAUAGUGUCUACUUUUGUGGAUAAUUUAUUACCCCAACCAUCCAAUACGGUGACAAAAAAUUGAGAGGGAUAUGUCUUGCUUCAUAUAAAGAUAUUAUUUUGCCUUUAAAAAAGUGAAAUUCAAUUUUUAUUAAGAAUUUCUUAUAUUUGUAAUGAAGAGUUCUUCAGGGUUUAAAAAGACAACCAAUUUUACUUAAAUAAAGAAGUAAGUUUGACAUAAAGACAUAUUAUGUAUUGUCAAAGAUGGCCACCCUUUCUUGAAAGAAAUUAUCAAGAAAGAUCCAUUUCAUAAAUAAACUAAGAUUGUCAAAAAAAAUUAUAUAUUGAGAAUUCAGUGAAUUUUCACCUAAAAAGUUGGGAUAACAACUUAGACAGAGAGUUGCAUGCAAAUAGAAUAAUGAAAUAUUUAAAUAAGUUUAUAGAAAUGCUGUCAAUAGUUGAAACAUGUAGCAUAACGAUUAUACACACAGUAAACAAACCAAUAGUCGUUUGAAUAACAAUGAAACAUCUCUUCCAAACAGUAUAAUUCCAAUAAGGCUAAACAGUAAUAUUUAUUAAUAUAUAGCUUGAAGCAGAAGUAAAGUGUUUUGUGCCAUUAAUUUCUUCAUCUUUAUAUAUUUUUUUUAUUUUAUAUAAAUAAAGCUUUUAUCAUACA